GGGACGUGGUAGGGGAUGCCCAGCUCCACUGCGAUGGCAGUUGGCGCGCUCUCCAGUUCCCUUCUGGUCACCUGCUGCCUGAUGGUGGCUCUUUGCAGUCCGAGCAUCCCUCUGGAGAAGCUGGCCCAGGCACCAGAGCAGCCGGGCCAGGAGAAGCGCGAGCACGCGUCUCGGGACGGCCCGGGGCGAGUGAGCGAGCUCGGGCGCGCAGCGAGAGACGAGGGCAGCAGUGCCCGGGACUGGAAGAGCAAGAGCAACCGUGGGUUCUCCAGCCGCGAAGCGUGGAGCAAGCAGAAGCAGGCCUGGGGUGUCCAAGGCGGUGGCGCCAAGGCCGGGGACUUGCAGGUCCGACCUCGCGGGGACACCCCCCAAGGGGAGUUCCCGGCCGCAGCCGCCCAGGACGCGAUCAGCCGGGAACUCGCGCCUACGCCAGAGCUGCCUGAGGAGUACGCGUACCCAGACUACCGAGGGAAGGGCUGCGUGGACGAGAGUGGCUUCGUGUACGCUAUUGGGGAGAAGUUCGCGCCGGGUCCCUCUGCCUGCCCGUGCCUGUGCACCGAGGAGGGGCCGCUGUGCGCACAGCCUGAGUGCCCGAGGCUGCACCCGCGCUGCAUCCACGUCGACACGAGCCAGUGCUGCCCGCAGUGCAAGGAGAGGAAGAACUACUGCGAGUUCCGGGGCAAGACCUAUCAGACUUUGGAAGAGUUCGUGGUGUCUCCAUGUGAGAGGUGCCGCUGUGAAGCCAACGGUGAAGUGCUCUGCACAGUGUCGGCUUGUCCCCAGACAGAGUGUGUGGACCCCGUGUAUGAGCCUGACCAGUGCUGUCCCAUCUGCAAAAAUGGUCCAAACUGCUUUGCAGAAACUGCUGUCAUUCCAGCUGGCAGAGAAGUGAAGACCGACGAGUGCACCAUAUGUCACUGUACUUAUGAGGAAGGAACAUGGAGAAUUGAGCGGCAGGCCAUGUGCACGAGACACGAAUGCAGGCAGAUGUAGACACUUCACAAUAUAAAAACUCUCACGUUUUUCUAGACUCUUUUACUGAUGUGAACAUUCUAGAUGACUGGGAAAUAUCAAUCAAAAGGAGAAGACUUUUGAUAAGGAAUCAUGGAAAAUAGUUGGUACAUUUGCUUUUCUUGGUAACAAUUACUGCAAAAGAAGGAGAUGGAUAUAUUUCAAAACAUCAACAAGAACUUUGGGCAUAAAAUCCCUCUCUAAAUAAAUGUGCUAUUUUCACAGUAAGUACACUAAAGUACACUAUUAUAUAAUAAAUGUAUUUCUAUAAUCCCUCUAUUAGAGAGCUUAUAUAAAUGUUUUCUAUAGAUACAGAUUAAAAAUGCUGUGCUGUCAACGUCCUCACUGUGUACCUGCAUAUCUUUGUCAGUUCUGAUUGCAUCACACGGGGAUGCUAAGGGUUGCCUGUCCCCCUUCACAGCUUCACACAGACUAGUGCAUCCAUCCAUUAAUGGAUCAUAAUAGGACUGGUUUCUAUUGAAACCUUGUCCAAAUUCUAUUUAAUUACAGACAUCUCUCUGAUGUUCAUCCCUAGAAGGCACAGACAAAUUCACAUAAACAUAAUGCUACCUUCUUAUAACAACAUAUUGCUUUUAUCAGUUCAUUCUCAUUCAUUUGGGAAAUGCAGGUAUAAAAGAUUACUAAUACACUUUUUCACUUUUUACAGCUCUCCUAUGUUGUGGACCAUAAAUAAACAUAUACAUAUAUUU